AUGGGCAUCGACUCAACCAUGCUAGCCCCCGGCCCAGCCGGUACUUCCAUGAUUGGGGAAAGCAGCAUCGACGCCGCGGCCCGCCGAGCCCACGCACGCAAGCAACAAGAGGCCGAAAAAGAAAAGAGCUUCAAGGCAGAAGGAGGCGAGGAUGCAGAGCCCGAGAAAACAUCGACAGGUGCGACUGGAGGGACUAAAGAUGCCGAGAUUGAGACCGGGGCUGGUGACAAUACCGGCGUUAGCAGGCAACACGAGAGCGGGAUACGAAAGACGUGGGAACGAGUGCGAGGGAAGUUAGGACGAUGA